UGGGAACACUUUUUCAAAGAAUGCACUGCACGAGGACAAAUUUGGAUUUGGGGAGUCAUUAUACACAUAUAUACAAAAUUCGGUUACAUGGAAAAUUUGCUCGUAGCCUAAUUUUUCCUUUUUGAUACAACGUUUUUUGGCAAUGCUAAAGACAUCAAGUUCUCCCACCGUGAUUGCAAAGGCGACAUCUUUUACAAAUGGGCCAUCUACCCAAAACCUACCCUAAACCUCAGCCCCCAUCCGCCCUAGGCAGCCAUGGCCGCCAUGGUAGCCACCACCCAAACCACCGCCCACAAUCCUCAUCAGUGCAAGACACCACACAAACCUCCAACCGACCAUCCACAUCCAUGGAAGACACCGCAGAACCACAACCGCCAUCAAAGGAUUCAGAUGUCACAUGGCAAGCCAGAAAGAGUGAGGUUUCUCAACCAGCUGCUGGUACUAACACAUCAGCACUCAGUGGGAUGAACGUAGCCCAACCAAUAGCUGGAAAGCCCAGAGGCAGGUCCCAUAAACCCUCCUCAAAGUGCUGCUUUUCUUAAUCCCCAACCGACCAACAAUCUGAAAACAACCAUCGCUCACACAAAACCCACCCCAAAACCUGGUCAACCCCCACUGCCUAAAAAAACCUUCGCAAACAUCCUCACCCAACCCAACAAAACAUACCCCUUGAAACAACCGACUACCAUUGCAGGGCUUCCAGCAGUUCCUUCUCUCAGGAGGAAAUCAUCUCACUCUCACAGCCUCUCAACCGUGCUCUCAUAAGAACCCUCCUUCACGGAAUUCCCAAACUGGCCGCAGUAAGGGGCACACUCGAGAAGCUAAGGUUUAAAGGUAGCUUUACUCUUGGCCCUCUAGCUCCAAGACACGUUCUAAUUACUUUUGACAUGGAAGAGGACUACUUACGACUCUGGCUGGGACAGACGUGGGCAGUCAAUGGUAUGGUCCUUAGAGUCACGAAAUGGACCACAAGCUUUCAAACAGGUAAGGAAUCCCCCAUCACACCAACCUGGAUCACCUUCCUCGGAUUACCGGUUCAUCUACAAGACAGAAGAGCUCCCCUGUCUAUUGCUAACAUCAUCGGCAAACCCCUACUUCUUGACCUGGGUACGGCCUCCCUUUCCAGACCAUCUUUAGUUCGAAUAUGUGUCGAGCUUGAUGUCACCACCGAGCGCACACACAAAAUUUGGACCCAAACAGGAAGCUGAGGAGGAAUUAUCCGGGAGGUAAUUUAUGAUUUUGUUGAACCCUCAGUUGAUCGAGUGGUGAGAGUUGAUUUGCAAGAAUUUGUUUUUGUAUUGUUCAAUAUAAUACUUGGUUUUAUACACAUCCAAUCCAUUCUACGCUCAUAUAUUUUGAGGUUGUAUACUACGUAGUAAUAUCUUAUUAAUUUCACCGAUUGUCAGUUCCAUAUAUGUUAUACAUUAUGAUUUAAUGCUCAUUAUUGUUAUCCGGCCUUCAUGAAUAAGGAGGCUACCAAUAG